AUGUCGUCAGGCCUCGACAAAAGUGAUGAGGUGCAUGGCGAGAAGGCCGCCAUUGAGCAAUCCGAGGUUUUGGUCAAAUCGGAUCUCAUGACCGAUGCCUUCGAUGGCGAGAACCGUGAACAUGAGAUGACUACGUGGGCGGCCAUGAAGAGCCAUCCCUGGGCUUGUUUAUGGGCAUUUACCAUGUGCUUCACUAUCGUCAUGGAGUCGUUCGACAUGUUCCUGAAUGGUAACUUUGUCGCGCUUACCGCUUUCAAAAACCACUAUGGUAUCGACGUCGAGGGACACGGUAAAACUAUUCCAACCAAAUGGCAGUCCUCCCUCUUCCAAGCUGGCCAAUGUGGUGCUUUCGUCGGAGUCUUCCUAGCAGGGCCAAUAACCAACCGGCUAGGGUAUCGGCUUACGACAAUCUUCGCUUUGCUGUUGAUGAAUGCCACGAUUUUUGUGUCCUUCUUUGCCAACUCACUCACCCUCCUUGUGGUGGGCCAAGCCUUAGAAGGUGUCCCUUGGGGAUUCUUCAUUGCAAACUCCCCCGCCUAUGCCAGUGAGAUUGUACCUCUGUCCCUGAGAGGUGCCUGCACGGCUACUCUACAAAUGAGUUGGUCCAUCGGUUCAAUCAUUGUCGCCGCCGCAACCUAUGGCUACAAUAACCGCAACGAUGAGUGGGCUUGGCGAGUGCCUCUUGCCUUGCAGUGGAUCUUCCCUACUCCCCUCUUGGUCCUCCUCUUCUUCGCCCCCGAGUCGCCUUGGUGGCUGAUUCGCCGCGGACGCAAAGAAGAAGCCCUUCGUUCCAUCAAGCGUCUUGGUAGCGACUCGCACGAGCAAGCUCAGCAGAAACUCGCCAUGAUAGAGCGAACCGUUGAGAUCGAAGCUCAAAUGGGUGGUUCCCCAACUCUCCUCGACCUUCUUAAGGGAACCGAUUUAAGACGAACAAUCAUCACCUGCUUGAUCUAUGCGUCGCAGAACUUCGCCGGUAACUUGAUUGCCAACCAGGCAACCUACUUUUUCGAGCAGGCCGGUAUGGGACCUGACCGUUCAUUCCAACUCAAUUUAAUCAACUCGUGUCUUCAAUUGGUUGCCAACAUCAUCUCUUUGCCACUAGCCUCCUCAUUUGGUCGCCGAACCAUCUAUCUCUGGGGCACAGCCACCAACAUCACUCUACUCAUGCUCCUCGGCGUCUGCGCCUCUAUCCACCAGAACCAAGCGACAAACUACGCCCAGGCCGUUCUGGGAAUUAUAAUCUCGUUCGUGUUUGCCGGCACUCUCGGACCCAUCUCAUACACCAUCAUUGCCGAGACCUCAUCCGUCCGUCUUCGCGCUUUGAGCACCGGUGUGGGUCGUGCCGCGUACUACGUUGCCGAGAUCCCCAUGAUCUACCUUGCCUCGCGGAUGCUCAACCCUAGUGGAUGGAAUCUCGCUGGAAAGUGUGGUUACGUAUGGGGAGGUACAGCCUGUGUCUGCUUUGUGUCGGCGUACUUCUUCCUUCCUGAACUCAAGGGCCGCUCUUACCGUGAAAGUGAUAUCUUGUUCAAUCGCAAGAUUCCUGCUCGGAAGUUCAAGUCGACUAUUAUCGAUGUUAGGGAUAAUGAGUAA